AUGACGACUAAUAUUAUUAUGAAAUUUUGUUUCAUCGUUUGUUUUCUUCUGGUUUUUGUCGAAUUAUCAUCAUCAAAAUGGAUUAAACCACGUCGUUUAAAUAUUAUAAAUCAUUCAACAAAUCGUAUUCGUGACGAUCGAUGUAGACAAUUUAGAAUAUUUAUACAAAAAGUUGAUCAUUUUGGUUUUUUGAAUAUGGAUACAUAUCAACAACGAUAUACAUUAAAUACAGAUUAUUGGGAAAGUGGAAGACCAAUUUUUUUCUAUGCAGGAAAUGAAGGCGAUAUUGAUCUUUUCUGUGAGAAUACUGGUUUUAUGUGGGAUAUUGCACCAAUAUUUAAUGCUAUGGUUGUAUUUGCUGAACAUCGUUAUUAUGGUACAUCAUUACCAUAUGGAAAUGCAUCAUAUUCAAAUCCGGAAUAUACAAGAUAUUUGACAAGUGGUCAAGCACUUGCUGAUUAUGCAUAUUUACUUGAUUAUAUUCGUGGUUCGAUUAAAGGUGCUGAACAAAGUCCAGUAGUUGUUUUUGGUGGAUCAUAUGGUGGAAUGUUAGCAGCUUAUUUUCGAAUGAAAUAUCCACAUGUUGUUGUUGGUGCACAUGCAGCAUCAGCACCUAUUCUUCAAAUGACAACACCAUGUGAAUUAUUUUCUCGUAUUGUUACUCAAGAUUUUCGUCUUGAAAGUUCACAAUGUGUUGAUAUUGUUCGAUCAUCAUGGGAUGCUAUUAAUCGUAUUGGAUCAAAUCCAACUGGUUUAGAACGUUUAACUAAUUUAUUUAAACUAUGUCGUCCAUUAAAAACAGUUGAUGAAUUAAAAGAUUGGUUACUUGAUAUGUAUGGAAAUAUAGCUAUGGUUGAUUAUCCAUAUCCAACAUCAUUUUUAGCUGAUUUACCUGCAUUUCCAGCACGAGCAUUUUGUGCAAAUGUUACAUCAUCAUCAUUAGAAACUGAAAAUGAUGAUGAAGAUAUUGUUCGAAGAAUAGUUAAAGGAACAAAUGUAUUUUUUAAUUAUACUGGUCAUACGGAAUGUUUUGAUACAGGUUCACAAGGUUCACCAAGUCUUGGUGAUUUAGGUUGGUCAUAUCAAUCAUGUACUGAAUUUGUUAUGCCAAUGUGUUCUGAUGGUGUAAAUGAUAUGUUUGAAAAACAAUCAUGGGAUUUUCAAGCAUUUUCUGAUGCUUGUUAUGCUCAAUGGAAAAUUCGACCACGUUUUGAAUGGCCAUAUAUUGAAUUUGGUGGUAAAAAUAUAACAGAUUUUCGUUAUUAUUCAAAUAUUGCUUUUACAAAUGGAAAUCUUGAUCCAUGGUCAUCUGGUGGACUUGUUACAACAGUUGCUCCAAGUCUUCCAGCUAUAUAUAUAACAGGUGGUGCUCAUCAUCUUGAUUUACGUGCAGCAAAUCCAGCUGAUCCACCAAGUGUUUUACAAGCACGUCAACAAGUUGUUGCACUUAUUGAAAAAUGGAUUUCAUAA